AUGAUCUCCAGCAAUACGUCUUCGGAUCAAGCUCUGUCUUGGGUUCAGGAACAGAUCAACGCUUGCACACACUCACAUGCACAAUGCCAGAGGAAGCAGGGCGAAUUCCUCCCUACCAGGCUUCUUAGCGUUCGGCCAAAUCCGGGCAGUCAGGACAUUCGGUUGAUUGAAAGCAAAAAUCUGCCAUCCUCCGCAAGGUACAUCGCUCUCAGCCAUUGUUGGGGAAAGAUUCACAUGCAGUGCUUGACGAAGAAGGAGAAUUUGUUGCAGCAGCUGGAGUGUGUUCCGUGGAGCAGUCUGACGCGCACCUUUCAAGACGCAGUCGACUUCACCAGACGGCUCGGCAUUGACUAUAUCUGGAUUGAUAGCAUGUGCAUUGUCCAGAAUGACACAGAGGACUGGCUCCGUGAAGCGUCGAUGAUGUUCUCUGUCUAUGGCAAUGCUCAUGUCACCCUAGUCGGGGUACAUGCUGGCGAUGGGUCCGUGGGACUCUACUCCAGUACCGCAGCCCAGAGGGCGUCCCCAAAAACCGUUGCGUUCAAUGGUCAUGAUUAUCAACUCUACACCCGGGAGGCGACCACUCCGUUCCAUGAUUGGCGACAGAUUUCAUCUGAAGCACCUUUGUUCGGACGAGCAUGGUGUUUUCAGGAGCUGAUCAUCUCUUCCCGGGUCGUCUUUUUCACGAAGCAGGAGCUUCUGUGGGAAUGCUGGAGCAACGCCUCUUGCGAGUGCACUUGUCCCGCAUCCAACUCAACGCAAGACAUUGAUAAUCUGAAGGUCCAGCACUUCGCUGCAUUGGCCGAUGCGCAGUAUGACGACCUCCGAGAGCGGGUCAUAGACAAAACUAAUGCAACAUCCUUUCGCUUGAGUUCCGUCCCGAGCGCAGCAGCGAGGGGACUCGCGGACGAGCAGCUGCGACGCGAGUAUCGCGUGCAUCAGUGGCACAGCGUCGUCGAGCAAUACUCGGAGCUUAGACUGACCAAGUACACAGACCGGCUCCCAGCGUUCGGCGGAGUUGCGCAACAUUACCACGAGGCUGGUAUCAGACCAGGAGAGAAGUAUCUCGCAGGGUUGUGGUCCGGCUCAAUCAUCGAUGAUCUGGUGUGGUGGGCUAUGGAGUUCGGCCGCAAGCGACUUGGUGCUGGUGUGGCGCCCAGCUGGUCUUGGGCCUCAGUAACUGGUGCUGUACAGUACAAGCAGGUGAAGGUGGCUCUCGCCAAGGUACUCUCGGCGGAAUGCGAAUACGGGAAUACCGGUCCUUUUAGUGUAGUAUCUGGCGGUAUGUUAGGCGUCGAGGGCCCGACUCUGAGAUUGACACUCCUGCAAAAAGAGAGAACACGCGAUUGGAGUCUAGAUGACCCGGAGUAUGGCGAGCUCACAGGGCUUUCGACAUUUUUGUUAGAUGACGAGGCUGAUUCAGCUUGUUGGAACCGCAGGACCAUUGACGCGGUAGCAUUUGCUGAAGCUUGGGACGGGCAGACUAUAUACAUAUUGUUAGCUGCAAAGGAUCACAAGGUCGACGUGUACACACGAGUUGGGAUAUUGUUCCAGGAUGACACAGACGACAGGAUAAGGACCUGGCGGGAAAAGCUGCCAAGGAGAUCUUUCAGAGUUGUCUAG